AUGGCUGACGAACACGACUUCACCAUAGGCAAAAUGAUAGAAACGGAAAUAAACAAUUUCUUACAGGAGUUUUCUCAAAGCCGAUGUGGUAUGCACAUACCAGUCUUAUUGUUUCCGAUUGGCCUACCUCCUAAUGUACUUAGAGUUAUUAGGUACAUAGCCAUGUUAUUCGACCUAGUUGCAAUACGAGUCGGUCCAGAAGGGGCACAAACGCUUGCUAUAGUGCAUCCACAUCAUCUUCGUCAACACAUUGGAUAUUACUUUGGGUAUGAAGAUGCACUCUAUAAUACGCCAUACAUUUACGAAGAGUUUCGUGACAUGCUAAAAUGGUCGUUCAUCAAAUUUAUUGAAUCGAGCCAGCGUAAUCGAACAAAAUAUGACUCAAUUUUAAGAGUAAUGCGCAAAAUUCCGCCAAACCAAACUGACGAAGUGUCCACUUCAGAAGAUCAAUCAGCUUCGGAUACAUCUGGUUACAGCCGAGCGGAACCUGGUACCUCUGCUGGUGCCUCUCAGAGUAUUCUAACAUACCAAACUGACGACCAAGAAGUAUCCACUAUGGAAGACUCCGAUACAUCUGCUUACGACCAAACGUUACCCAGUACCUCUACUAAUACCACUCAAAUUAUUCCACACAACCCAACUGACGACCAGGCAGUAUUAAGUUCUAAAGAUAAAUCAGUGUCCGAUACGUCUGCUGACAACCCAGCGGAACCUGGUACCUCUACCGGUAUCUGUGAACCGACGGCAACGGCAUCUGAUGGCGUCGUUCAAAAUGUUCCACAAAACCUGCCCGACAUCCAAGAAGAAUACUGUUCUGAAGAGGAAUCAGUUUCUGGUACAUCUGCUUAUGACCCAGCCGAACCCAGUACCUCAGCCAAUGAUAGUGAACUGACAACGACAACAUCUACUGACACAGUACAACCGCGUACAUUGAACGCACAUGCAGAAGAGCAGCAACCCGCCCUUGAACCGCCAAGAAGCAGCACACCAACCUGGGAAGACUGGGUAAAAAUGAUACCCUCAAGAGAGUUAAUUCAUGAAGUAAAAUAA